GCACUGGGCGCCUCCCUCCAACACUUCUCUGCUCUUUUCCCAUGGUAUGUCUGUUUGACCGGACUCUCCCAUCCGCUGUGUCCCGCAGAGGAAAAACGUCUGGGGCGGCGCGCGUCUCCUCUCCGCUGCUCAACAACCCACAGCUUUUUUAUUGGGAAAACUUUUAAAACUUCCUGCUUAGUAUUGGACCUGAGCUGAUCUAAAAUGUCGCUUCAGACGAGUCGAAAGACGACUACCACCACGUACAGGACGUCUCAGGAACCGACCACGAGCUCCACCUUGUACCGGACCACCAAACUGGCGUCUCCGGAACCGACCACGGCCACGUACCGGACUUUGAGCGUUGGUUCACCGGAGCCUACGACCGCCACGUACCGGACAGUGAGCGUCGCGUCCGCUGAGCCCGCCGUAGCCAGUACUGUGAUCUCUGCGGCCCCCGUGUCACCGCUGCCCUACGCGAUGAACGGCUCCUACGAUGUUCGGUACCUGGUUCCCGUGCAGCCCGCCAUGCAGCAGCAGUCCUACGUGUUCAUGCAGCAGCCCAUGAUCCAGCAGCCCAUGAUGCAGCAGAUGGUGUCUCCUGUUUACCUGCAGAGCGUGCAGAGUGUACCGGGCCUGAGCGUCAGCAGCGAGUCGGAUCUCGUGUUCCAGAGACAGAUGGAGAGUGUCAGUGGAAAGUCCUCAGUCUUCAGCCAGUCGUCAAGUCCCAUUAAGAGCCCAGAGCCCAGUAUGGAGGAAGAGGAAGAGGAGGAAGAGGAGGAGGAUGAGUCCGUGGAGGUUGAGGAGGUUGAGAUUGUGAACGUCAUUCAGAACAAGCCUCCUCCGAUCAUAGAGAAGUUCUCACGGACAGAUGUAAAGACCACCCUGACGGAGGUGCCACAGCACACCAAACUGGACACAAGAUACUUCGGAGAGUUGCUCGCCGAAGUCUACCGUAAAAACUGUGACAUCCACUCCUGCAUCUCCGAGCAUGUGUCCAAGAUUAAGGGACAGAAAAUGGACAGCUUUGAGUACAAGGUGGAUCGUGACGAGGUGGAGGCUCUCAUCCCUAAAGGAGCAACUGAACUGACUAAACAACAAAUGCGUUACUUACUCCAGACUCGUCUGACAGCAGAUAAGAGCAUGCGCCUGCUGCUGUCCACCUUCAGCAGUUUGAGAGAGGAGCUGCUGCACAUGUCCGAGGACCUCCGGCGUUUGGAGGCAGAGAAGGAGACUCUGGAGCGAGACCUGGCGUUCAAAGCUGACCAGGCCAAACAGUAUGACACACUUCUGGAGAAUGUCCGUGAGAACAACAGACAGCUGCAGUGCUCUCUGAAGGAUGUCACAGCCUCACAGCGUUCUUUGGAGUCUCAGCUCAUGAGCAGCAAAAACAACGACUCAAGUCGAGAGUUUAAGGUGAAGGAGCUGGAGGGGCGUCUCCGUGCACUGGAGAAGGAGAACGACAUGCUCCGGACAAAGAUGGCGGGGCAGGCGAACAGCAGCACUAUGCAAAUAAAGACAGAGGAACUUUCCCGUCAGUACCACGAGGACCUGAACUCCAUGAGAGAAGAGAAGGACCGUGAGAUCGAGAAACUCAAGUCCCAGAUGGCACGUAUGCAGACCCGAGUGAGCACCACCACCACCACACAGAGCUCAUCGUCAGAGAGGAGCCUGCAGCUGAAGAUCUCCGAGCUGCUCGCCAUGUUGGAACAAAGGCAGACCACCAUCACAAAGCAGGAGGCGGAAAUCAAGAGGUUGCUACAGGAAAGAAACAAUAUGUCCGAGAACGUCACUAGGACCACAAUUACCAAUAGAUACAAAAAUCAGUAUCCCAUCCUGGGUCUGGUAUAUGAUAACUAUAAUGUGACCUCCCCGGUGAAACAGGACAAAACCGUUGUCAUCGAGCGUACACAGCGAAGCGAAAUUUUCAAACGGGAAUGAUUGAACGACCGUGGAUCCUGACCAGCGCAUGACCCAUUGCAUGCCCUUCCACUAAAAUCCCUUUUACUCAAUGUACCCGGAGUACCUGGUGUACCCAGAGUACCCUGCUCUGUGCUCAGGCCAAUGGUGGUGGUGUGGUUCAAAUUGUGGCUCAAAUCAAGGUGUGUUUUUGGGAGUGGCUUUGUGAAGGGGUCUAGUCAAAUCCUUAUAAAACUGUGCUGCAAAUUUAAUAAGCAAAUCUAUGGAGCUUGUUUUCCACUGCAUGACAUAAAAAGCAUUUACUAAAAAAGUUUUCAUAGCAUAUGUUAUUUUGUAAAAAAAAAAAUAAAAUAAAUAAUAAUAAUAUUUUUUAUAAUAUUGUUCCCUCAUCAAAAACCAGCUUGAAGGGGUUUUAGAUGUCCUCCAUGUAUGUGUGAGUAUAUUAGCGAUAUCUCUGUGGCCCUAUUCCUUAUUUUAAAUGUAAGAUUCUGUCCACUGCUCAGCCCAUAAACCUUCAUCCUCCCUCCAGUGACAAACCUGAAGCUGUGUGCAGUAGUUUCAUUAGUGGGAUGCGCGCUGAUUGUGUUGAUAGAGCUCUAAAGGGGGAGUGACUUAACACAGGGAGGAAAAGGGAGGGAGGACUCAAAAACGAAAGUGAAAUAUAUAUAACAUGUUACGUUGUUUUCGGCAAUUAUAAAACAGUAAAAGGUAACAUGGUGAUCUAAAUAUGUUACAUGUUAGCAGUUAAUGCCCCAUAGAAGUAAAAUCUUGACAGCUGAGUGUAGGAACAGAUUAUUUAGCAACAUUGCCAUCUUCUGGUAAAUUCUGGAUGUGCUAUAUGUGUUAUAUAUGAGGCUUAGUGUAUUGCCAAAUUAUUCAGGUUGAAUACAGCUGAAGCUUUCACUGCUCUGAUUUACAAUUGUAUUUAAAAAGUACUAGUCAAAAGAUAAUUUAUAAUAUAUGACAUAAUAAUAUAUUAAUUUAAAAAAAAAUUGCCCGAAAAGCACAUUGCAUACAGUGGAAAAAAAUCUGUUUAUUUAAAUGACUGCAGCACUUCUACAAAUUCAUAUCUUUCUUUUAAACAUUUACAAAUUUUAAUAAAACAUUAAAAAUAAAUGAAAAAAAAAUAUGUAUGUUUGUUUUAUUUAAUUGUUGCUUGUAGCACAACAGUGAAUACACCGCAACCUUGACCUAGACAUGAGGGAAAUGUCUAAAUGCAUGUAAAUAGAAACGUAUAUAUGCCGUGUUUUAUAUAUGUAGAGAUAAGGAUUUCUUUGAAUGUAUUGGAGGUGCCCACUGUAAAGAUUUUUUAAAUGGGAGUGGUUUACUUUUAGUUUCAUGUUUGUCUGUUUUGUUUAGGUGCUUGGGUCAUUAAAUCUAAGCACUAGUUGUGUUUCCAUUUCCUUUUCUAUAUUUUCUGUAAAUGUUGAUGUUAUAAAUCCACUUCAGGGCCCAGUGGAACUCAAGACUUAUACAAAAAAAGUCAAUGUUUUCUGCUAUUACAAUGUAUAUUUUGUAGUGAGAAGCCUAAUCUUAAAGCAAUGACAAAUGUUUUCAUUAUAAAAUACCAUAAUUAAAGCUGCUGUAUCAGAUUUUUUUUACUGAAAACUGAAUUUUAAACAGUUUGCAUUGUUCCAAGUUACUCCUCAUUUGCCUUGUGCAUCCCGAACAUCCUAAUUAAUUUAUAAACACUUUUCACAACUUAAAGAAACCAUAGCAGAGUUUUUGUGUUAAAACUAAUAACAAUUAGUAUGCUACUGUGCAAUUCCUGAUUAUCGUGCUAUGAAACCAUUUUAUUAGAUGCAGACAGAACACAGCAGCUUUGUCAGGUAGAAAGAUAUAUGUUGUUUUUGUUUUGUUUAUAUUUUUGCCUGUUUGUUUUGUUGUGCAUAAUUUCUUUACAUAUCUGGAAACAUGACUAGUAAAGUGGUCUGGGGAAGUGGUGGUUUAUGGGAUGGGACUGAAGCAUGUUGUUUUGUUGGUGACAGAUGUUUUAGGAAUGCUAAUGCAGGGCUUAUCAUCUCAUGUUAACAUAGAACAUUUUUGUUGCAGUAACAUGAAUGUCCACCAGAGAAGGCUAUGUACUCACUUAUUAUCAUACAGUGGCAUCAUGGGUGAUUUGAUUGGUAGAAAAGCUAAAAUUAUAAGUUGUAUUUAGGCUUUGAUGAACCUAGUGGACAGCAUCAAACCUCAAUCAUGUUGAGUGUGUUUACUUUUGUAGCGAGCUAAGCUAAUGAUAAAUCACCUGUUGUUAUUUUUCACUGGAUUUUUGUUCUGUUUGUGGGUAAAUUUUGGCUGGAUUUUAACAUGUAUGCUCUUAGUUGAUAGAUGUUUUAAUAUAUUUUACAAACAUUUGUGAGCUUAGCUUUAGGCUACAGAAAUAUGUUUGAUCUUUGGUAAGUUGUUAUUAAAAUUAUUUGUAUAUCUA